ACUUGAAAAUAAUUUAAAAAACUACAUCAAAUAACAACUUCAGUUUUUCUUUCAAGAAUCUCUAACUAAUAAUCUCUAAAUUAUUUAAUGUUAAAAUCAUUUUUUUAUAACCCAUAAUAGAUUGUCCUUAUAAUAACCUGUUAAAUCUUCACUCAAAACUUUUGUGCUCUUAGUUAAAUAUAUUCAUCUCAUAAAUUUAAGUAGAAAAUAGAUAUAAAAAAUAUAUAAAAAGAAACAUUAACUACAUCCUAAAAUCUAGUUAUUUUGUGAAAUUAGUCUCCGUAACUAUGUGUAGAAAAUACCUUGAUUUAAAUAAAUAAAACUACUCUAAUGAUUAAGAUCAGUGUUUUAAAAACAGAUUCGACCAAUACAAUAGACCAGCUGUGCUUUUAAACCGGUCAAAUUUGAGAUGACUCAGUCAAACUAAGCUCAGCAAGAGCUGAUGACUCGGUGGUUUUUUUAAACCGGUUCGGGUCAAUGCUUGGCUAUUUUUUAAAGUGGUUCUCUUAUACUUUAUAAAUAAAACAAUGACUUUAUUAAUAUAAAAAUAAGAAAAAAUAAAUAUGUCGUUUAAAAUCCAACUAUUUAAAAGAGACAUCAAUAAAUCAUUGUUUUAAAUAUAUAAUAGAAAGAGUCGUUAAUUUAUAUUUAUAAAAAGAAUAUUGUAUCAUCAUAUUAUUACUUAAAGUGAUUUUUAAACAUUACUAUAAACACGUACCUCAUCAAUUUAUUUGACUAAAAGAAUUGAUAUUAAUUGAUUCAAAUUUAUUAAAAACAAAAAUAAUACAUCUACAAAGAAACUCAUAAUACUUUAAUUAAUACAGUAUAAAUUGCAAGGGAAGGGAGAAUCUGCAAAAUAUUAAUAUGUUAUGCUAUAAUCUUGAAGAAACAUAUAAAUUAUUCACCAUAUACACGUUCUCUGAAAUUUAGGGUGUUAUAAGUCAGCAGCCGUAAAGAAUAGUUGUUGCUGCAUAUCAACAAAUCACAAAUUACACACACAACAUGCAUUUUCGAAAUUUAUCUUCCAAGAAUCAUUGUCUCAUUUCCAUUUUCAACUUCACCUCACACUCUCAUUAUUCUCUCACCUUCUUCUCUUCUCUUCAAACACAAAACUCUGUUGAUGAUGGAGUUCAACAACAACAACUCGUCCAAACUGAAAAACCCAAAACAAGAAACGCAAGCAAAACUGCCAAAACAAUCGUCAAUCUCAUAAAUUUCAAACCUUGGUCAAAUGGGUUAUUAUCAUCCUUCACAAACUCUCUCUCCAAAACCACUGUUCUUCAAACACUUCGCCACAUCAAGUUCCCAUCAAAGGCCUUUCAUUUCUUCAACUGGGUACACGAAAACGGUUUCUCUCAUAACUCUCAAUCCUAUUUCAUCAUGUUGGAAAUUCUGGGUCGUGAGAAAAAUCUCAAUGUAGCUAGGAAUUUCCUUUUUUCCAUUGAGAAAAGGUCUAAUGGUGAAGUUAAGCUUGAAGAUAGGUUUUUCAAUAGCUUAAUUAGGAGUUAUGGUGAAGCUGGACUUUUUAAAGAGUCUAUAAAGCUUUUUCAGACUAUGAAAUCUAUUGGUGUUUCACCAUCUGUGAUUACAUUUAAUAGUGUUUUGUUGAUUUUGCUUAGAAGGGGUAGAACCAAUAUGGCAAAAGAGGUGUUUGAUGAAAUGCUUAGCACAUAUGGUGUUACUCCGGAUACGUAUACUUAUAACAUUUUGAUUAGAGGGUUUUGUAAGAAUUCUAUGGUUGAUGAAGGGUUUCAUUUCUUCAAAGAAAUGACGAGUUUCAAUUGCGAUCCGGAUGUUGUUACUUAUAAUACGCUUGUAGAUGGUUUGUGUAGGGCGGGGAAGAUCAAGACAGCGCAUAAUUUGGUGAAUGGUAUGAGCAAGAAAUGUGGAGGUUUGAGUCCUGAUGUUGUUACUUAUACGACUUUGAUUCGAGGGUAUUGUAUGAAACAAGAAGUCAAUGAGGCUUUGGUUAUUCUUGAAGAGAUGAAUGGUAGAGGCCUCAAGCCGAAUAUAGUUACCUAUAAUACUCUAAUAAAAGGGCUUUGUGAGGCACAGAAGUGGGAUAAGAUGAAAGAUAUUUUGGAACAAAUGAAAGGCGACAGUGGCGCUAUUCCUGAUGCAUGUACUUUCAAUACAUUGAUUAAUUCACAUUGUUGUGCAGGAAACUUGGAUGAAGCUUUCAAGGUUUUCGAAAACAUGAAAAAAUUACAGGUCUCAGCAGAUUCAGCCUCAUACAGCGUUCUGAUACGAAGUUUAUGUCAGAUAGGGAACUAUGAUAAGGCAGAGAUGCUUUUCGAUGAGUUAUUUGAGAACGAAAUUUUGUUGCGUAGUUCUGGCCCGAAGCCACUGGCUGCGUCUUAUAAGCGUAUUUUUCAGUAUUUGUGUGAACAUGGGAAAACAAAGAAGGCCGAAAGGGUACUCAGACAGCUAAUGAAAAGGGGAACACAAGAUCCUUUAUCAUACAAGACAGUGAUUUUGGGGCACUGCAAAGAAGGUGCAUUCGAAAAUGGUUAUGAGCUUUUGAUAUGGAUGCUGAGAAGAGAUUUUCUUCCUGAUAUUGAUAUAUAUGACUAUUUGAUUGAUGGUUUUCUUCAGAAGGAUAAGCCUCUCCUUGCAAUGGAGGCAUUAGAGAAAAUGGUAAAGAGCUCCUAUCAACCAAAAACAUCUACCUGGCAUUCUGUAUUGGCUAGACUUUUGGAAAAGGAUUGUGUUCAUGAGUCUGCCAGUGUUCUGGUCGCGAUGUUGGAGAAAAAUAUCAGACAAAAUAUAAACCUUUCAACUAAGUGUUUACAGCUACUUUUUGACCGUGGGCUGCAAGAUCGAGCAUUCAAAAUUAAUGAGUUGAUUUAUAAGAAUGGAUACUGUGUUAAGAUGGAUGAAGUGGUUCAAUUUCUUUGCAAGAGAGGAAGGGCAUCAGAAGCAUGCAAAAUGCUGCUUUUUAGCUUGAAAAAUAAUCACAAGUUUGACAUUGAUUUGUGUAAUACUGUUAUUCUUGAUCUUUGUAAAAUUAACAAGGCUUCGGAAGCAUUUAGUUUAUGCUAUGAAUUGGUGGAGAAGGGUUUAAAUCACGACUUGAUAUGCAUAAAUGAUCUGGUAGCCGCCUUAGAGGCAGGUGGAAGAACAGCGGAGGCUGCAUUUAUAUCAAAGAGAAUACCAAGAACAGAGCACUUGGACAGAUCGGAACGAAAUAACAGCUCUAAGAAGUUGAGGCCUAAUAAAAUGUGAGUCACAUCGACCGCUUUUUCCCUCUUCUGUUUAGAGCUUUUCCAUUUUGAUCAUUAAAAGUUAAAAUCAUAAGCUUCAAAAGAUUUUGUCCAUGAGAAUGUGUUGCAGCAUCUGUCAUGUCAAUGACUAGGCCACUAGAAGAUGCUGUACGAAAUCUUAUUGGAUCCAAAAUACCCUUUACAACAUACAAUCGAGAAUUUACAACCACUGAGAUUGCAUCCUGGUGUUCCACUUCAGAUUCUUGUGUUGAAAGCCAAGCAGAGUUUGAGGAUCUUGUUGAACUAAAUGUAAAAGAUAUUUAUGUAUUCUUAUAAACCUAUUCUGUUCCCUUAUUAACCAAAGGUUAUACUUUAUAUGAAGUUUAUGUAUUUUACUUUA